CGCCUUCAUAGUUGGUUUGGCUAGCCCCAAAUGACACAACAACAAGAAGACUAGCUGACGCCGUAGCUGCCAGCAGACUUUUAGCUUUUGACAGGCUGCCAUUUGUUGCUGCUGCUGUCUUUGCUGUUGUACUGAACGCGAUGGAAGGCCUGGAAGCCCCCGGCGAGGCAGAGAAGCGGCCUUUCCUAAUCGGUGUGAGCGGAGGGACGGCCAGCGGGAAGUCAACGGUUUGCGCCAAGAUCAUGGAGCUCCUGGGCCAGCACAAAGUGGACCACCGCCAGAGAAAGGUGGCCAUCAUCAGCCAGGACUGCUUCUACAAAGUGUUGACUCCUGACCAGAAGGCCAAGGCCCUGAAAGGACAGUACAACUUUGAUCACCCAGAGGCGUUUGAUAACGAGUUGAUGUACAAAACCCUGACGGACAUCGCCGAGGGCAAGGCGGUGGAGGUGCCGACGUACGACUUUGUCACCCAUUCCAGGUUGGAAGACAGGAUCACGGUUUACCCAGCCGACGUGGUCCUCUUCGAGGGGAUCCUGGUUUUCUACCCGCAGACUGUGCGCGAGAUGUUCCACAUGAAGCUCUUCGUGGACACGGACUCGGACGUCAGGCUGUCCCGGAGAGUGCUGCGAGACAUGACCCGAGGGCGGGACCUGGAGCAGAUUCUAAAUCAGUACACGACAUUCGUAAAGCCCGCCUUCGAGGAGUUUUGCCUGCCCACUAAAAAGUACGCCGAUGUCAUCAUUCCGAGGGGCGUGGACAAUAUGGUGGCCAUCAACCUCAUCGUGCAGCACAUCCAGGACAUUCUCAACGGCGACAUUUGCAAGUGGCAGCGCGGGAACAUGGGCGGCCACGGACGAAGCAGCAAAAGGGUGACGUCGGAGCAGAGCGAGCUGCAGACCGGAUCCACCAACCUGCCCAUCAAGAGGGUCCUGCUGGAGCCCAGCACCCGGCCUCACUGAGCCCGGCCGGACGUAGGCGCGCGCCUGCGUGGAGGACCGGGGGGCAGACGGGUCCAGAAGGCGGGGCGUGAGUGAGGACCGCUGGCUGAGGUGUGCCAGAACCUUCCACUCUGCAGUCUGGGCUCAUUUACUAACUUAAUGCUUAGGAAAUCUGCAACCUGGUUUUAUCCUCUUAACCAGUUCCCCACAGUCUGGAAAAGCAUGGGAUUUAAUUUUAAUGAUUUCUAGAACUGGAUUUUUAUUUAUUUAAUUUAUAGACGUUAAUCUAAUCUAAUUUUCUAAAUGUGUCUUCCGUUUCAUUCUCUCCAUUCUGGUGUCCUACCAUCCUAAAUUCUUUCUUUCCUUGUAUUUUUUUUCCUCCUGCUGUCCUUCCUUCCGUCCUUGUGUCCUUCCUUCCAUCCUUGUGUCCUUCCUUCCAUCCUUGUGUCCUGCCUUCCUUCUUUGUGUCCUACCUUCGUUCCUCAUUCGCGUUUCUUACUUGUUCCAUAUUGAAAGCCUUCGCACUAGAAAUAAUAACCAUAAGUCAAUCGUAAUUUUUAGUAUUUGAAAAUGAUUGUAAAGGACUGAAAAAACAAGAAAAAAAACUCUGGAUUGUUGAGUCUGGAGAAGUUGUCAAUUUUUUUAUGUGAAAGAUGUGUAGAAAUCCUUUUAUUAAGUUAUCUUUUAGGCUUUUCCACAUUGUUCUGGUUUUUAAUUGGGUAAUUAAGCUCAACUAACCAGACCAUAUUGUUGGUAAGAACUUUGUUUUUCUUAGUCAUGCUUUUGCACUUUUAACGAGACUCUCUAACACUUCCUACUUUUAGAAUAUUGUAUUUAAAGGGAAUUAAUACAAAUAAGCGUUAUGUUGAACCUGUUCAGGUCUGCAGUAGCUUCCUAUAAUGCCCUGCAAAAGUAUCCACGCCUAAACGGCAUUUUGCCACGUUACAAACUUUAAUAGAUUUUAUGACAGAAAGCGGCGUGUUGCGGAGCGAAAGAAAAACGAUUCGUUGUUUUCACAUUUUUAUGCAAAAUCUGACAAGUGUGAUGUGCAUUUGCAUCAAGCCCCUUUUUGCUUCGACGCCUCUAAAUUUAAUCCUGUGCAGCCAGUUGAUUAGGAAAUAGUGUAGCAGUGUGUCAUUUUAUCAAAGGAUGGGGCAGCGAUGGCGGUUGGAGGCAAUGGGAAGAUAAAUGAAGCUAAAUACAGAGAAACCUGAUAAGAAGCAGCAAAAGACCUGAGACUGGGUUAUAGUCUAGACCUUAACCUUUUGUUUGCUGUUAAUUCAUGUUUUUCUGUCAAAAAGAUGCUAAAUUAACUGGAAUGAUUUGGAUAUAGAGGAAACGGAUGUAAAAUGAAGCUUAAGUGACUGCUGAAUGGCGAGGACGUGCUUGAUUACUGGUAUGUGUGAGCUAUGCAUUAAGAGCGGGAAUGGUUUAGUCUAAAAGGUGGGAGGUCGAUGGGAGACAAUACCCUAAAGGCCAGCGGCGUAGAAUCGGGCCGGCGGGAUAGAAAUGCAUGCCGCACUUUAUAGAUUUGUGUUUGUGAAAGCUGGGAAAAAAACGUCUUUUCCUUUUUCCCGUUAACGCCGCAUCAUCUUGGUUUCUCGCGUACGGCUGAAGGGUGUGAAUACUUUUGCAGGGAAAAUCAGGAGAAUUAACUCCCAGUUUGAUCUUGAGCACUUUCCUCGCCAAGUCUAUGCCUUAAUUUUGUUUCUUUCUCAUGGUUUAUCAACAUGGAUGUACAUUAAAAAAAAAAAAAAAAAAAAAGCAGCUCUUUUUGAGCUAUGGAAGUGUUUCCUUGCAACAAAUAAAACUGUUGCAGACACGAUUUGAAUAGAAA